GGUCACACUAAAGCCGCUUCAACGUCUGGCAACGCUGCUCAACGCCAAAACAAAACAAAUAAUUUUUGCACUUUCGAAAAUCAUUCAUUCAUUUUGCAAUGUACAACGUGGAAUGCAUUCCCAUCAAGGACAUAAAGCCGGGUCUGAAGAACAUCAAUGUUAUCUUCAUUGUCCUAGAAGUGGGCGUGGCCACCGUUACAAAGGAAAACCGCGAAGUGCGGAACUUCAAGGUGGGCGAUCCCACGGCCUGCAUCAAUGUCUCAAUUUGGGACGAGCCGGGCAAACUGAUAGCACCGGGCGAUAUAGUGAGACUGACUAAGGGCUACGCCUCCAUCUGGAGGCACUGCUUGACCCUUUACUCCGGAAAGAACGGCGAGGUGUUCAAGAUCGGCGAGUACUGCAUGGUCUUCAACGAGAGCGUAAACAUGAGCGAGCCGAAGCGGGCGGAACAGCAGGCGGUGACCAAUCCCGCUGCUCCUCCGGCGGGACUGCCGGCCGGUGGUGGUGCUCCUGGCUUGCCCGCCAAGGGUGGUGCCACUGGCAUUCCACAGCCUGCGGUGGCUGCAGCAGCAGGUGCUCCCGCCACCCAAAGCGCCGUGACCACUGCUCCUGCUGCGGCCGCAGCAAGCGCACCCCAAACGACAACGAAACCGGGCACCCGUGGCGGCCGUGGAGGUGGAGGACGAGGUGGACUUAAAGGGGAGCGGCGAUGAAGGGUCUUGAGGCGUGGAAUAGGACCAGGAACUAAGCGAACAAGAACCAAGCACUAACUGUAUUGCAUAGCUUAAUAAGACAUGUUUACACAUCCCAAAAGAUCAACGUUGUUCGGACUUGGAUUUGGUAUGUUUUAUAGACUUUGGGCGUUAUUAUUUACGUAAAAAGUCUGCAUUUAUGAGCAUCAGAUUUACCAUUUAUUUAUACUAUAUGUAUUUCAAAUUCAAUUGUAUUUUUUAUUAGUAAACUUCUAAAAUUUCAAA